AUGGCCGCAGCGGUCGCGUCAAAAUCGUCACUUCCUGUUUGGGAGUCAAAGCGACCGCGGAUAUCAGGGCCUCGCUUCCGGUUGUGCCUCCUUUUCGGCAGCGGCUACUUCCUCGCCAACAUGCCACUCGCAAAAGACUUGUUGCACCCAUCUCCAGAGGAGACGAGAAGGAGGCACAAAAAGAAGCGUCUUGUUCAGAGCCCCAACUCUUACUUUAUGGAUGUGAAAUGUCCAGGAUGUUACAAGAUCACGACAGUGUUCAGCCACGCCCAGACGGUUGUUCUGUGUGUCGGUUGCUCGACGGUCCUGUGUCAGCCUACCGGAGGCAAAGCACGUCUCACAGAGGGGUGUUCGUUCAGAAGGAAGCAGCACUAA